AAAUUCUGAACUGGGAUUUUGUUCAGUCUUCUGUUCAGUUGGUGUUUAUUAAUCAGUGCGCGCAGUCGUGUCAUCGUUUUAAAUUAUAUCGCAACUAUUCUCAACAAAAAAAAAUAAAAAUUAUCAACAUUUACCUACGUUAAAUAGCAAAAAAGAAGAUAAAAACAUAAUGGAAGGAGCAAACCAUGAAUACUUAUUCGAGAAGGGCCGGCACACGGUCAGCAGGAUGCUCUCCUAUACGAAGAUGGAGGGGUUCCAGGAGUCGUCACAGGGGGAGCUCGAGGUGAGACUCGAGGCGCUUAAAAACGCGUGGCGGCAGAUGCAGGAGAGUGAAGGAAUACUCGCUCAAAAAAAUGAUCUUCUGGUGAGCUUGGAGAUUGAGCGAAAGAGCGUGGAAUCUGAGGUGGAAUUCUUCCAAGCAUCCACUAAUUUGAGGAGCAGGAUUGGCAAGCUAAUCGCAGCCAAAGCAGGAGCAGGAGAUGCACCCCCUAUCGCUGUGCAGGUAAACAUGCCGUUUGCCCAGCACGACGUAAAGAAUACGUGGGGCGAAUUUGACGGCAGCUAUACGAAAUGGCAGGGCUUCCGCGAUCGGUUUGUCGCUGCUGUGCAUGACAACGACAAGAUCGCGCCGGCAUACAAAUUCUCGUACCUGAAGGCAUCAUUAACUGGCAGAGCGAAUGCGCUCGGAGAAUGGCAGCUCUCCGACCAAAAUUAUUAUGAGGCAUGGAAGCGGAUGGAGGAAGUAUAUAACAAAAAGUAUGCUACGUGCAGGGAACUUUUAAGGCAUUUCUUUAGGCUGCCCAUGCUUGAAGGUACUCCAAAGGCAGCGGAGCUUCAGAGAAUGUCAAACACUUGCCACGAAACUAUGAGGCAGCUGGCAGCGCAGGGUGUCCCAACAGACAAUUGGGACAUGAUUAUUGUCCAAGUGCUUCAUGAGAAGCUGGAUCAGGAGACAGCUUGCAAGUGGGAAGAGUCGCGCACAACCGAGUUGCCGACUGCGAAGGAGUUUUGCCUGUUCCUGGACAAGCGAGCUGAAGCACUAGGAAGUGCAAUGGACAAUAGGAGGAAGGAGACUAUUCAGCAGGUGCCAAGAAUGGAUUCUAGUCGAAGGGGCAACAUGGUUGCACCAAGCAGGAAGCAGGCGGAGGUAAAAAAACGCCCGUGCCAUCUAUGCAGGUCGAUGGAACAUCCAUUGUGGUGCUGUCCAGAAUUCAACGCCCUAAGUCUAAGGGCCAGGCAGGACUUUGUCCUCGAAAAGCAAUUAUGUCCAAACUGCUUAAAGACGGGACACGUUGUGCGUGAUUGCUAUCAGGGGCCCUGUCUGAAAUGUCCGAAUAGGCCAUCACAUAACAGCGUGUUGUGCCCAAUGAAGGUGAUUGGGAAGGUCGAGGCCACGGUCUUGAACAUACAAGAUGGCAGGAAACGGAAGAACGGACCACAAGUAGACUCGAAGAAGAAGUCGGAUUGACUAACUCCAUGGCCGGCGAAACGGCCGCGCUCGGAGGACAAAAAGCAGGAAGCAGGGCGGACGGAAAAUGUUGCAUAAUCAGACGAGGUCGAUUCCUGGAACGAUUUUAAAAGAAACAAUUUAAAUAAAUGUGAAG